CACACACAGUUCCGCUUUCCGCGUCCAGCAAUCAAUUUUCGUCGAUUCAAUUAAUCAAUUAACAAGAAAGUCGUCACUUUCAACGAGCGGCGAUCGUGUGUUCCAGUCCAAAUCCCUCCUUAUCUAACACCAACAAUACUUGCGACCGACCUUGCAUCCGAGCAAAUGCAAUGCCGUGAAUCCGUGAUGCCAAAGCCAGGCGCUGCAGCCCCCAGUGCCCAGACUGGCUGACGACACAAACAAAACUGCGUGGCGUCGCUCGGCUCGGUCGGAAUUUUUUGCACACACCCAGCGAACGUCGGCGAGAUCGGUCACGUGCAGCGCUAAAUAAAUAAUGCAAGAAAAAGCACACUUCCGUCGUUAUAUAUAGAGUAAUAUAGAACGUUCCGCACGCAGAUCAUGCGAAUUAUUUCGAUCGGAAGGGGCCUUAACGAAUAUGUGGUACGCGCACCUUGUUGACACGCAAUGCCACCUUAACAAAGCAACAGGAGAUAAGUGACGAACAUUCGGAAAGUUUGCUUGAUGAUAGGAGGCGGCAAUCGAUAGCUACACUUGAAUUUGUUUGACAACUUGUGACAGAUGCGGCUUUUUGGAAAAUGUGGCAGAAGCUGGACUGCAGUCUCAAGGACAGGGUGAUAGCGAUUGGGGCCCUGCAUGGGGUGGGUUUGGUGUGUGGAAUUCUUAAUGAAAUUUGGAACAUCACUGCAGAAGCGAGGCCGGUCACUGAUGGCGAUAUUUUUUAUAUGAGUCUUCAUUUUGUAGUCCACACGUUUUUGAUAUCCUCGUUAAUCAUGGGGGCCAAGAUGGUUUUUAGAUAUUGGGCUAUUUUGACGGAGGUCUUUUGUCAUGAAGCUAUUUUGUCGAAGCUAUACUGGAGUGACGCUAUGUUAGGGUUACCAUACGUCCGGAUUUUCCCAGACAUGUUCUGGUUUUUCGACUGUCCGGGGAUGUUCGGCCGGAUUUUUAUAUUUCUGUUCGGGUUACUUCGACAACUAGAUUUAAGUGGUGACACUUUUAACUAAAGCAUUUUAUGUUGUUUUUUCUGCAAUAAAUUUUUUUAUAAGUACUCGUAAUGUAACGAAGCGAAUUUUCGCGGGCCGGAAACCGUGCCGCGUACCGCGAGAGCCGGGGGUAAAUUGGCGAUCGCCGCGCCGCCGCGGCGGAAGAAGAGGAUUCUUGCCUGAAACUCCAAGGAGUGCGAAAGUGCUGUGGCUGCUGUCCUGGUGAAGAGUGUUUUUGAGAAGUGUGACCAAGUGAGCAGUUCGACCCUCCGACCCACCGGGAAUCCUAUAUUAGUUCUUCCCUGGUUAAUAGUAACUUUUCCAGUAUUUGUAUUCGUCUCCUACUGCACUUUGAAGUAUUCUCGAUUUACUUACCUGGCACAACUGAUCUUUAACAUUUUUUUUAUUUGUUUAGGCUGGUGUUUAUGGUUAACAGUAUUUCAGUUCUUACGACACUCAAGGGACGUAAAUCGAAAGCCACAAAAAACGUAGACAGAUUAUACUUGUAGAUUAUAAUGCAAUAGAGGUGCCUCAUCAGGCUGUGAAUUUACGACAAUACCUCUGUUUUAGAAGAAAGUUACAUUAUUUAUUACUUUAAGUAUAAAAAUUGUACUGUUAUUUAAUACAAAGUUUUUUAUGAAGCGUUUUAACCUUUUUAAUUUUUUGUUUUGUUUUGAUGAUGUGGUGCUGGAUGACGGGUUAACCAUCUUCACAAUCGAAAAGGAAUAAGGACAGCAAUAUUUAUUUAUGUACUAAGAGCGAAGAAGACAAUACCAUCUUACGCAAUUAAAAACAAUAAUCUAAAUUUUAAAAUAUGUAAUUAUUUUCGGUUUACCAAAUUCAAUUAAAAUUGCAGUGACAAUUGUGUUGAAAACAAAUUGCUACCAACACAAACAAUCAAUUAAUAGGUAUAGUGUGCUAGCUGUCAUAGGAAUAGAUUUGAUGCCACACAGAGAUGUAGUGUGGGUGGCGUACGUGUCACGAGAUGGUGGGGAGAAGAAGUUUUAAGUUAGAGAUAGAGAGCAUUGUACAGAACGGUAAUCAAGAAUAUUAAGAUUUGUUAGUUAAAUAAAUGAGUUAUAUAGUUUAUGGAGUAUUUAAUACCAUAACAUGGCGCAGUCGGAAAUCAAAAUAGUGUGGGUGAAUAAAGGGAACAAGUAAGCCCGCCCAAGCAAGUAAUCCAGGGAAGAAAGGAAAGCGCGUGGAAAGAUUGAGGUUAAGCAGCACAGAACACGUGAAAAAAAGGCAUUGACAAAAUGGAGUUUUUGAAGCAACCACAGGCUAUGAAAUUUGAGGGGAACAUUCCUGCAAAUUGGAAGAGAUUUAGAAGCAUUUUCGAAAUAUAUGCGGAAGCCACCGGAUGUUACGCAAAAGGUGACUCAGUUGCAGUAGCCACUUUUUUACAUAUUGUAGGCGAAGAGGCACGAGAGAUUUUUGAGACGUUCGAAUUUGAAGAGGACGACGAGCGAAAGGACAUAAAGAAGGUUAUAGCCAAAUUUGAGGAGUAUUUUGUGCCAAAAGUAAACCCGAGUGUCGAGAGAAAUAAAUUUUAUAACAGAGUACAGGAAAAGGAAGAACCAUUUGAUACGUUUGUAACAGAUCUAAAAAGAAUAGCUGCAGACUGUGCAUUUGGAGAAUUUAAGCAGGAAAUGCUGCGAGAUAGGAUAGUGUGUGGAGUCACAGAUGCAAGAGUAAAAGACAGACUGCUAAGGGAGAAGAAUCUGACUCUUGGAAAAGCUAUUGAAAUUGGUAGAGCAGCAGAAGUAACGGAACAACAUAUGAAGAAGAUGUCAGAAACUCCACAAAAAAUGGUGGAAGAGGUGAAAGUAAAUAGAAAAACACCGUCUGCAACAAAACAAGAAUGGGGAAAUUUAGGAAAUUCAAGGAAAGGUCAAAUCCAAUGGGGACAUCAACGGGUCAGCUACCAGGGUAAAAAGGAGCAUCAGAAUGGAAAUAGGACAACUGUGGACUGUUAUCGAUGUGGUCGCCAACACCAACCACGUCGUGAGGAAUGCCCAGCCUCAGGUAAACAGUGUAAAAAGUGCAAUAAAACAGGUCUUUUUGCGCGGAUGUGCAAGUCUAAAAUGGGAGACACAGCAAACUCGGUACAUAGGAGUGUGCAUGUAGUAGAUAAUUCUAAAACUGCUAGUUCUUACAGUUAUGUAAUUGAUUCUUUACAGGAGCAGUAUCAAAAACCUAGAGACUGGUAUCAAAAGCUUGGUAUUAAAGAAUUUGACUGUGAAAUUAACUUUAAACUUGAUACUGGUGCUCAGGUAAAUGUAAUACCGAAAUAUUUGUUUGAUAGAAAUAACAUAAAUUGUCCACUGAGUAAAGUGAAUGUUAGCAUAAAUAAUUAUGACGGGUUUCCACUACAGGUAUUUGGAUCUUGUAAUCUGACAAUUGUUCACCAGGGUCAAAGCUACACUCUUGAAUUUGUAGUAGUAGAAACAAAGUCAAGUGCAAUUUUAGGGCUUUCAGCACUCAUUGAGCUUAAUUUAGUUAAAAGAAUACAAACACAUUCGACUGUAAAUAACGUGGAAGUUAAUAAAUCGGUAUUAUUGUCAGAAUAUAGUGACGUGUUUGAGGGUUUAGGUCAAAUUAAAAAGAACCCAUGCGAUUUCACAUUAAAAAGUAAUUAUGAGCCGAAAAUAGUACCUUGCAGGAAAGUACCUUUUAGACUCAUGGAUAAGCUAGAAAAUACAUUAAAGAGAAUGAUCAAAGACGAAGUAAUUGUGGAAGUUCGUGAACCGACUGAAUAUGUUCAUCCUAUUGUACUUGUAAAUAAGCCAGACAACGAAGUUCGUAUUUGUCUAGAUCCACAAAAUCUUAACAAUGCGUUGGCCAGAGAGCACUAUGAAAUACCGACAUUUGAAGAAGUUACAAGUGAUAUGUCAGGUUCAAAAAUAUUUUCAACUCUAGAUGCAAACAAAGGAUUUUGGCAAAUCACUUUGACUGAACAAGCAUCUAAAUUGACAACAUUUGCAACCCCAUUUGGCAGGUUUAAAUUUUUACGUCUUCCCUAUGGAAUAUCCAACGCUCCAGAGAUAUUUCACCGCACGUUCACGGAAAUUUUUCAGGGUAUACCCAAUAUUAAAAUCUACAUUGAUGAUAUAAUUUUAUAUGCUAAAGAUGAAAGGGAACAUGAUAAAAUUCUCAAGUUAGUUUUAGAAAGAGCUAGAGAGUUUGGAGUUAAAUUUAACAAAAGUAAGAGUAAAUUUAAUCAGAAAGAAAUAAAAUAUGUGGGACACAUACUUAGUCGAGAUGGAAUCAGAGUUGAUCCGAGUAAAAUAGAAGCAAUUAAACAAAUAAAACCUCCGAAAAAUUGUAAAGAAUUGUCUCGAUUUUUAGGUAUGAUAACCUAUGUCGCGAAAUUCAUUCCGAAUUUGACUCAAAAAACUAGUAAUUUACGUCAAUUGCUUAGAAAGGAUACCCAUUUUGAUUGGAAUGAGACGCAUGAACAAGAUUUUAAUAGUUUGAAAGAUAUCCUAACUAGUACUCCAGUAUUACAAUUUUAUGAUAAUAAAAAAGAGAUUGUACUGUCAGUAGAUAGCAGUAAAGAUGGAUUAGGGGCAGUAAUAUUACAGGAUGGAUCUCCAAUCGCUUAUGCUUCCAAGUCCUUAAAUGAAACUCAGCAAAACUAUGCCCAAAUAGAAAAAGAAACAUUGGCAAUAGCCUUUGGAUGUCAAAGGUUCCACCAAUAUCUAUAUGGGAAAUCUUUUGUGGUAGAAAGCGAUCAUAGACCACUAGAAACGAUUUUCAAAAAACCACUAAAUAAAUGUCCUCUAAGAAUCCAAAGAUUGAGAAUAACUUUGCAAAUGUACGAUCUAGUUGUAAAAUAUAAGUCUGGUGCUAAAUUAUACUUUGCAGACACACUGUCUAGAACCCAUUAUGAUGAUAAGAAUUUUGAAGUCAUAGAAAAUAACGUAGAGUUACAAGUCAACUUUAUUAAAUAUGCGGAAAUUAGCCCAGAGAAGUUUGAAACGUUGCGAAAUGAAACAGCCAAAGAUUUUGAGUUACAAAUACUGAAAGAAUUCAUUAUAGACGGAUGGCCGACAGGGAAAGGAAAUUUACCGGAUGUAAUUAAACCAUACUAUAAGUUUCGACACGAAUUAACAGUAAUGACGGAUUUAAUAUUUAAGAAUGAUCAGAUCGUGAUUCCUAAAUCCAUGCGUAAAGAAAUUAUUGAGAAACUGCAUUAUGUGCAUUUAGGAAUAGAAAAAACAUGUAAUAAAGCUCGUGAAUUAGUGUAUUGGCCAUUAAUGAUCACACAAAUAACUGACAAAAUAAAAAAUUGUUCUGCAUGUCUCAAAUACAGUAAAUCGAAUCAGAGAGAAACACUGUGGGAAAAAAGUGUGCCAACCAGACCAUGGCAGAAUGUUUCAGCUGACAUGUUCUAUUUUGAUAACGAAGAUUACUUAUUAGUUGUAGAUGAAUUUACAAAAUACCCGGAAGUCAUAUGCAUGCAAAGAAAUACUACAUCUAAGCGUGUAAUUAAUGAAGUCAAGUCAAUUUUUGCUAGACAUGGGAAGCCAGACAUUUUGUUUUCGGAUAAUGGCUCACAGUUUAUUAACAACCAUUUUCAGAAAUUUUUAAAAGAUUGGGAAAUUUUGCACAAGACAAGUUCGCCCAAAUAUCCACAAUCUAACGGGCUAGUUGAAAGGCACAUACAAACAAUAAAGAAGUUAUUUUUAAAAAAUUUGCAUGAUGGUAAAGAUCUUUAUCUAACGCUACUAGAAUACAGGAACACACCAAUUAGCAAACAUUUACCAUCCCCAGCAGAAUUGUUGUUUGGUCGUAAAAUCAAAGGAUUAGUACCUAUUAAACAGUCACUCCUAAUACCCAAACAUAGUAUAAAGCAACACCAUCAAAAUCUUUGCAGUCAGAAACAAACUCAGAAAUACUAUUACAACAAGUCCAAGAAAGCAAUGUCAGAAUUAAAAUGUGGUGAUAAGGUGGUGGUGCAGGAUCCAGUUACCAAGCGGUGGGAGCCUGGUGAGAUUAUAAAACAAGAUAGUUACAGGCCAAGAGCGUACCAUGUUAAAUUUCGUAGUAAUGGCAAUGUAUUAGUCCGAAAUAGAAAGUAUUUAAAACGGGUAGAUAGGAACACUUUUCAAACUAAUGUACAAGCAGGUGAUCAAAACAGGCUAUUUGAUCAACUGCUAGAAGACAAUUUAGUUUGGGAGGACACGCAAUCGGUUCCAGCUCAUGUACCUGAAACUGAAACCGUGAGUAAUAGUCCUCAAGCAACCAUAGCGCAACCCAAGGUCAACCAAAGACCUCAGCGGAACAGGCGAGCACCAUUAAGGUUUCGCGACUACUAUGUAUAAAUUGUAAAUAGAUAUAAGUAGUUGUAGUUAUUUUUUUAUAUAGAAAGGGGGAUGUCAUAGGAAUAGAUUUGAUGCCACACAGAGAUGUAGUGUGGGUGGCGUACGUGUCACGAGAUGGUGGGGAGAAGAAGUUUUAAGUUAGAGAUAGAGAGCAUUGUACAGAACGGUAAUCAAGAAUAUUAAGAUUUGUUAGUUAAAUAAAUGAAUUAUAUAGUU